AUGUUGGCGGACACUGAUCUAUCUGACCCAGACCAUAAACCAGAAUCUGUCAAAGUUCUUGCCACAGUUUUUAAAAAUGGUAAAGAGUACUCAAAGAAGAUUUAUACUGUUCACAGUAGUGAGCAUCUCAUAAAUCAAACCACAUCAGAACAAGGUUUUGCAUUUGACAAAGUUCAGAAAUACAAUGCUGAUUUCCAAGAAUUUGUAGAUGUUGAUAGGAAUGUAGAAAUUAAGAACCUUGACAGAUUUCAGAUCUACAUGUCAGCCACAGAAACCCUACACCACACACAUUCUCAAGAGACCCAUCAAAUCGAGCAUGUUCCAGUGCAAAACGAACAGGGAGGCCUGCUCUCUCUAGUCCAAAGCAAAGCACCAGGGGUACUUGAAGAACACAAAAAAACAGGAACAAUUCAAAUAGAGUCAAGGAGGCUCCUUGUCAAAGUAUGCAUCAGUGACCUGGUGGAGAAACAUGGAUUUUACCCAUCAAGUGCUGAAAAGCUCGCUUUAGCAAAGCGUAUCAUCACUACGUUCCCACCUUUAAGGGUUCAGGUUGAAGGAAAAGGAGGUGGAUUUGAGCAUUUUUACGAUCCAUCAUCACAUUCUGGAUUUUUGGAAUUGAGACUACGUAAUAUCCGCCGAAAGCUAGAAGCAGGUCAGCGUCCUGCGUCCUGCGUGUCUCUGUGUUAA